AUGACGACAGUGAACAUAUCAUUCCUGAUUCUAUGUUUUCUGCAAUUGUACAGCACGAAAAACUUACCAAGCCAUUUUCCAAGAUGUAACUUAACAGAUCCGAAUAUCAAUAAGUGCAUGCUAGAGGCUACCGAAAAAAUGAAACCCUACUUGGCAAAGGGCGUACCCGAAUUGAAUUUGCCACCUUUCGAACCAUUCUACAUGCCGGAACUAUCCUUUGAACAAGGAACACCAGCCAUCAAUUUGAAAGCAACGCUGAAGGAUAUUCUGAUGCAUGGCAUGACGGAUUAUACAUUCUCUAAAUUCGAAUUCGAUGUUCCAAACUUACAAUUUUUUGGUCAUGCUAUCUUUAAGGGAAUAAAAAUGGAAGGAAAAUACGAUCUUCAUGGAAAAAUACUAGCUGUACCUCUAGACGGUUCUGGAACAUUCAAUUGUACCAUAGACAACUGCAGGACAACUGUUCACCAAAAAACAAAACUUAUUACGAGGAAAGGUGAAAAGUAUCUCGAUAUCUCGUUUACCAAUACAACAAUGCAUAUAGGAAAGACAAGAACCCAAUUGAAUGGACUAUUCGGUGACAACAAGGAGCUAGCCGAAGUGACGAACAAGCUAAUCAACGAUAAUGCUGAUGAACUUUUUGGAGAAAUACAGCCUGUUUUGGAGCAAGUAAUGACCAAUUUGUUGAACGACGUAAUCUUGGGAGCUUUCAUACGACAAAUCCCUUAUGACAAGCUGUAUCUGAAAUAA